ACCGAAGAAGAGGCAGCAACAGCAGAAGAAGAAAGUUUUUUUUGUUUUCUUUUUUAAGAGAAAAGCUAAAGUUCUAUGCGGUCAUUUCAUUUUGCUCUCGUUCACAAUUUCAAUCAGCUCUACGUGCAUUAUCGAUCGACCCCGCUGACUCUCCGCCGGUGUCUGGCGUUCUCUGUCUCAAACGCCGCUCUACUUCCAGCUUCUCUCCGCUGUGUGGUUUCACUUUCAUAGUGGGGUAAAAAUACCAGAGUUAAGCUGAGCUACCGAAAGACUAUCGAUUCAAUACAGAUGACAGUUUUCAUUCCGGAUUUAUAGAGACUUGUGGAUUAAAACAAUGGCUGAGUCCAUCAUCAAAUCAAGACAAGCACAAAAAGAAGUCAACGGAAAUCUAACAGAAGUCAUCUGCACAGAUUUUAGUAAUUACAUAUUUGUGGUCCUCACCCAGUAUGGCAAAAUUGGGACAUUGAUUUCGGUCACACCUGACUCGCGAUCUAAUGAUAUCAGCACCCCCACGUUCUCCACCAAAGUGCUGCUGGGCAAAGAUGAGCCUUUGACUCAUGUCUGUGCCAAAAACCUGGCUACGUUUGUAUCACAAGAAGCUGGAAACAGACCUGUCCUGCUGGGACUGGCCCUGAAGGAUUCUUCUAUUGACACAAUUAAAGAAAUCAAAGAGAUCGUCAAAGGUUGUAAAGUGUGGUAGUUGGUAAGGGCCCUGGAAAAAUGACAUUAGUUAAAAAUACUUAGUAAAAUGUAAAAAAAAAAAAAA